GGUGGCUCCAGGACUGACCUGUGCAUUGACUAAAGCAUCACCACCCGGCAUGGGGACUAAGCCACAAAGACGUGGGCACGCAGCUAGCCGCUGGUAACGUUACUGCGGUUCAGAAGUUCAGAGGAGAGCGCAUCGGGAGUUCACACCCUUCUUUGCAGGAGGGGAGAGUGGGAAGGGCGAGCGGGGAGCGGCGCGUGAACAAAAGCAGUGUGGACCCAGAAGUGAAAUCUGAUCGCGCGCCAGGAAAAACCCCAGAGGAAAGAUCGACCUUGAGCGGCCGAGUCAGGGCGAAGUCAUGGUGGGCUGCUGAGCGGGAGGCAGGCGCGGGGCGGCGGCGAGAGGAAGCGCUCCCAUGGAGAACUCCGUGCCCCCCUGCGUCCUCUACCCAGGGGACGACCACGGCCGCGGAGCUGAGCCCGGGGAUGCCUUUGCACAUGGAGUGUGCGGCCAGGCCGGGGACCGGAGCGGCGCUCCCGAGGCUCCGGGAGAGGGCAGCCUGCAGCUGCCGGACGCGGCCGGGGGGGAGGGCGCCGCGUCCCCGGCGCAGACACCCUGCAGUCUCAGCGCGUCCCUGUGCUUCAGCUCCGGGGACGAGUCCCCGCCGCAGUCUCGCGCCUCAGCGGCGGAGGGCGCAGCGGCCUCCCCGCCCUCGUGUCGCAGCGGCCAGCGGGUGGUGGAGAGGCAGUGGGAGGUCAGUAGCGCGGGUGCCGGGUCCCCCGCGGAGUGCGCGUCCCCCGAAGAGCCCGUGUCCCCCGAGGAGCCCGCAUCCCCGGAAGAGUCUGUCUCCCUGGAAGAGCCACAAGAGACCGUAUCCCCCGAGGAGCGCGCGUCCCUGGAAGAGCCCGCGUUCCCCGAGGAGCGCGCAUCACCGGAGGAGCCCGGCGACCCCGCGCCUGUCCCUCCCGGCGUAGGGCCCGAGCACGGGGAGCCCGACCUGGUCAUCGAAGUGUCGGGCCGCCGGCUGCGGGCGCACAAGGCGGUGCUGGCGGCGCGCAGCGACUACUUCCGCGCGCGCGCGUCGCGGGACGUGCUGCGGGUGCAGGGCGUGGGCUGGGCGGCGCUGCGGCUGCUGCUGGCCUACGCGUACAGCGGGCGCAUGGCGGGCGUGCGGCCCGACAACGUGGCCGAGGUGGUGGCCGGCGCGCGCCGCCUGCAGCUGCCCUGCGCCGCGCAGCGCGCCACCGACGCCGUGGCGCCGCAGCUGAGCCUGGCCAACUGCUACGAGGUGUUGAGCGCGGCCAAGCGGCAGCGGCUGGCCGAGCUGCGCGAGGCCGCCUACCGCUUCAUGAGCGACCACUACCUGGAGGUGCUGCGCGAGCCCGCCGUCUUCGGGCGCCUGUCGGGGUCCGAGCGCGACCUGCUGCUGCGCCGCCGCCUGCGCGCCGGCCGGGGGCCCGACGGCCGCGCGCGCCCGUCCGACCAGGUCUUCUGCUACAACCCGGCCACCGACAGCUGGAGCGCCGUGCGGCCGCUGCGCCAGGCGCGCUCGCAGCUGCAGCUGCUGGCCCUGGACGGCCACCUGUACGCCGUGGGCGGCGAGUGCCUGCUCAGCGUGGAGCGCUACGACCCGCGCGCCGACCGCUGGGCCUCCGUGGCCCCGCUGCCCCGGGGUGCCUUCGCCGUAGCGCACGAGGCCACCACCUGCAACGGCGAGAUCUACGUGUCCGGGGGCUCGCUCUUCUACCGCCUGCUCAAGUACGACCCGCGGCGCGACGAGUGGCAGGAGUGCCCGUGCAGCAGCAGCCGCGAGCGCUCGGCCGACAUGGUGGCCCUGGACGGCUUCAUCUACCGCUUCGACCUCUGUGGGGCCCGCGGCGACGCGCAGGCGGCGGCCGGGUCCGGAGGGGUCAGCGUGCUCCGCUACCACUGCCUGGCCAAGCAGUGGAGCCGCUGCGCCUCGCACCUGAGGCCCCCGGGCGCGCCGUCGGGCCUACAGCCCUUCCGCUGCGCGGCCCUGGACGGCACCAUCUACUGCGUGGGCCGCGCUGGCACCUGGCGCUUCGUGCCGCCCCAGGAUGGCGAGCCCGGCGGGGACGCAGACGCCGGCGGCAGCUUCGAGCCCGAGUCCCUCCGAACCCCCUGGGAUGCCCGGGGCGUGCUCUUCCCCUUCGUCCUCAACUUGCCUGAGGAGAAGCCCGACAGAGGCGAGGAGGGCGCCGCCUAGGGCGGGCCAGGGUCACCUGGGCGUCUCCUCGGGCAGCCCUGGGACGAGGAGCGCCCCGUGGGCUGAGGUCCCAGCUGGGAAGGGGGCGAAGGGAGCGGAGGAGGGGAGGGAGAGAGUCGUGGGUGGGCCGCUGGCCACCGGGAUCCGUUAAAUGCUUUGAGGUUGGAAGCUUGUCGUGGGCCUUGAAGACUUUCUGCAAUGCUGUUUUAAGGUCUGCUUCCCUAUUCUGCAUUCCUUUUUGCUUCGCUUUGCUUAAUGGGGUCGAUGGUGUAAGAUGUAGGAUAUGUGCAAAUAGAUAACUUUGCAGAUAAGAUACAGGAUACCCGAGGGAGUAGGGCAAUGGAAUCAAAAGAUUAAGCUUCAAGGUACAGUGGGUGGGUCCCAGAGUGAACCCAGGGGGUACCCAAGAUGUAUUCAGGAUGUACCUAGGGUUUACUGGGGUGUGCUCAGGGCGUGCUAGGGUGCACU